UCAAUUCUAAAGUUACAUACACUGCAAUUCUCUAUCUAAAGAUGGAAGCAGCAGCCAUGGCAUUUUCUUAUGCAAAACUUACUCUUUUGGCUAUCUUCUUGCUACGACUACAAAGCACUGCCGUGGCUGACUACGGCGGCUGGCAAUCCGCGCACGCCACCUUCUACGGCGGCGGCGAUGCUUCCGGCACAAUGGGUGGCGCGUGUGGCUACGGGAAUUUAUAUAGUCAAGGAUACGGAACGCAAACCGCAGCACUAAGCACGGCGCUGUUCAACAAUGGGCUGAGCUGCGGCGAGUGUUUCGAGCUGCGAUGCGACGGCGACUCCAGGUCGUGCCUCCCCGGAACCAUCACCGUAACCGCCACAAACUUUUGCCCUCCCAACUAUGCUUUGCCCAACAAUGACGGCGGGUGGUGCAAUCCUCCCCUCCAACAUUUUGACAUGGCCCAGCCCGCGUUCUUGCACAUCGCUAAGUACCGUGCAGGAAUUGUCCCGGUAGUCUAUAGAAGGGUGCCGUGUGUGAGGAAAGGAGGCAUAAGGUUUACAAUCAAUGGGCAUGCUUACUUCAACUUGGUCUUGGUCACCAACGUGGCGGGUCCAGGAAAUGUCUAUCAAGUCUCGAUCAAAGGGUCAAAGACGGGGUGGCAAACCAUGUCAAGGAACUGGGGUCAAAAUUGGCAAAGCAACUCUAAUUUCAACGGUCAAAGCCUUUCUUUCAGGGUUACGGCGGGUGAUGGAAGAGCUCUCACGAGCUAUAAUGUGGCACCAACUAAUUGGCAAUUUGGUCAAACUUUUGAGGGUGUUCAAUUUUAAUGCUUAUUAGUAGUUUUACAGAGUCUUUGAUGACUCGUAUGGUUUUGUGGCAAUUGUAAUGCAAAGUUAAUAUUUUCAAGCUGAGGUAGCUAACUAGCUAGCACCCGCUUGAUCAUUGUAUUUUGUUUUGUAUAAGCUUUUGUUGUUUUGUUUCCGUAUGAUGUGACAAUGAGCUUUUUCUUUGAAUACAAAUUUUAAGGAUAUGAUUAUAAAUUCCAAAA